CCUCUUUAUCACUCUCUCUCUCUCUAGAAAAUAAAAAAUCGAUGCCACUAAUCCAUCAAAAUCCCAAUUCAUAAACCCUAAUUCUCCACAUUCAAUUCUCAAUUCUCUCUCUUAAUGGGACACAAAUGCAAUCCACAAAACUCCUAAACCCUAAAACCGCCACCAAGGCAGCGGAAGCCGUUACCAACACCAUGCCAAAUGAGCUGCUGCCGCAGAAAUCCCCAGCAUCUUCAAUAAUGGACAAGUUCAGGUAUUUAUUGAAGCAGCGACAACAAUCGGCGGUGGAGGAAGGUGGCGGCUUGAGUACGGAGGAUAUGGUGGAGAUUUAUGAGACGGUUUUGAAUGAAUUAACGUUUAAUUCAAAACCUAUUAUCACUGAUUUGACUAUUAUUGCCGGAGAACUGAGGGAGCACGGUGAGGGUAUUGCUGAUGCUCUUUGUGGCCGCAUUGUCGAGGUCCCAGUAGAUCUAAAGCUACCUUCGUUAUAUCUUUUAGAUAGCAUUGUCAAGAACAUCGGCCGUGAAUACAUUGGGUAUUUUUCUUCCCGUUUGCCUGAGGUUUUCUGUGAGGCAUACGGACAAGUUGACCCUAGAUUAUAUCCUUCAAUGCGCCACCUUUUUGGCACUUGGUCAUCUGUGUUUCCAUCUUCUGUACUUCGGAAGAUUGAGACUCAACUGCAGUUGUCUUCACAAAUUAAUAAUCAGUCAUCAAGUUUGACUUCCUUGAAGGCUUCUGAAUCACCCAGACCAAGUCAUGGCAUACAUGUGAACCCAAAAUACUUACGUCAGAUGGAUUCAAGUAGAGAUAAUAAUGUUCAGCACACAAAGGGAACUUCAAAUCUAAAAAUGUAUGGUCACAAACCUGCUGUUGGAUAUGAUGAAUAUGAAACUGAUCAAGCAGAGGUCAUAUCUUCACAGGUUGGAGUCGACCGUGCAUCUCUCACUCUUGGAUCUAAUAAGCUGCAGCCAUCAUCAACUUCCAGGCUUGCAAGACGCUUGUCGCCUUCAACAACCGGAGCUGAGAGGCCUUCGUCUUCAGAAAUCGAUGACUUUGCAGCUGGAAAUUCUCCCCGAAGGUUCGUGGAGGGGUUGUCCCCAUCUCAUCCUCCAUUUGAUUAUGGACAUGGCAGAGUUGUUGUCAGAGAUGAUGAGACAAAUGAAUUGAGAAGAAAACACUAUUCUGAUGAUAACCAUUACCGAUUUGAAGCUUCUGCCAGAUCUCUCAGCAAUGGACAUGAGCAACAAGGACCCAGAGCUUUAAUAGAUGCAUAUGGGGAUGAUAGGGGGAAGAGAAUUCCAAAUAGUAAACCAUUGCACAUUGAACAGUUGGCUGUAAUUGGCAUGCAUAAUAAGGUGGCUCCAAGAUCAUGGCAGAAUACUGAAGAGGAGGAAUUUGAUUGGGAAGAUAUGAGCCCUACUUUGUUAGAUCGUGGUAGGAGCAAUGAUUUCUUGCCACCAUCUGUUCCACCUUUUGGAAGUGUUGUUCCAAGGCCUGGCUUUGGAAGGCUAAAUGCUAUCCGUGCAGACUCUGAUAUUAGGAGCAAUGGGUCUAGUCUGACUCCAAUGGCUUUGGUGGAUGACUCCUCUAAUAUGGGUGGAGAUGCAGUCUCGAUUCUUGGUUCUGGCCGUGGAUCAACAAGCAAGAUGCCUGGACUCCUGACUGAGAGAAAUCAGAUAUCGGGUUCUCGUUAUUCUCAAGAAGCUAGGAAUUUGCCGCCUCACAUCCGUCAGCCAUCACGUCUCCUGAAUGCCAAAGGAAGAGGAAGGGAUUUCCAGAUGCCCUUAUCUGGAAGUGGUGUAUCCUCUUUGGGUGGUGAGAAUUUCAAUCCACUUGUUGAAAAACUUCCAGAUAUGGAUGCAAAGCUUGUUAGGCCUCCUGCGAUUGCAUCAAGAUUGGGUUCUAGUAUUGACUCUAAUAGUUCUGGUACCUGGUCAAGUGCUGUGCUACCAUUAUCAGGGGCCUGGCCUCCAGUAAAUGUACACAAGUCUCUCCCACCUCCUGUGCAUUCUACUUUUCCACCAGAAAAGCAGAGUAGAAGUCAGUUUGAUCCAGUAAAUACCAGCAGUACUGUCACAAAUCAGGCUUUGCAAAAAGCUUCAGUUAUGCCUGAACAAUCAUUUAAUAGUUUUGAGAGCAAAGAUUAUGUUUUGAUGAAGCCAACACCAUUGCCUAAUCAACAUGCUGCUUUGAAUCAGCAAAACCAGGCACAUUUUAAUCCUUUUCAGCCAAAGUUUCUUCCAUCUCAUGAAGCCCGGGAAAAUUUUCAUCCAUCUGGGAUAGCUUUACUGCCACCUCGUCCACUGGCACGACCAAUGAAUCAUGGAUACACCACACACGGGCAUGGUUCCUCAAAUGCGCUACCUUCUGUACAACUGCCUUUAGCGGUCAGCAAUGUUCCAAACACCUUGCAUUCACAGGUGGGGGUUCGGCCACCUUUGCCACAAGGUCCUCCUCAAACGAUGCCUUUCCCUCAGAAUGCUAGUUCAGGUGCCCCCGCCCAACCAUCUGGCAUUGCAUUUUCUGGUUUGAUUAAUUCUCUCAUGGCUCAAGGUUUGAUCACAAUGACAAAACAAACACCUGUACAGGACUCUGUAGGGCUUGAGUUCAAUGCUGACCUUCUCAAAUUGCGCUAUGAAUCGGCAAUAAGUGCAUUAUAUUCUGACCUUCCAAGACAGUGCACAACAUGUGGCCUUCGAUUAAAGUGUCAAGAAGAGCACAGUAGUCACAUGGAUUGGCAUGUUACUAAGAACCGGAUGUCCAAAAACCGUAAGCAGAACCCUUCUCGCAAGUGGUUUGUAAGUGCAAGUAUGUGGCUUAGUGGUGCAGAGGCAUUGGGAACUGAUGCAGUUCCUGGAUUUUUACCCACUGAGACCAUCGUGGAGAAGAAGGAUGACGAUGAAAUGGCUGUUCCUGCUGACGAAGAGCAGAGUACAUGUGCAUUAUGUGGAGAGCCUUUUGAUGAUUUCUACAGUGAUGAAACUGAGGAAUGGAUGUAUAAAGGAGCUGUCUACCUGAAUGCUCCUGAUGGGUCAACGGCAGACAUGGAUAGGUCUCAGCUAGGCCCUAUUGUACAUGCUAAAUGCAGGUCCGAUUCUAGUGGGGUUCCCUCUGAAGAUUUUGGACAUGAAGAAGGGGGCAAUACUGAAGAAGGUAGUCGAAAACGAAUGCGGAGUUAACUUUCUAUAGAUAAGCGUCCAAGUCUCCUGUAACUUAGAGUUUCAUCAUGUUAGCGGUAUGCUUUUACUUGCUUUACAGUUGCAUUGGACUGUGCAAUGCCUUGGCUAUAUGCCCAAAUCAUGUACAUGUAUAGUGGGGCUUGUACCAUGCAUUAUAUCAUGCAGAAAAAAAGAUUAAAAAUUGUCUUUCUAACAUUCAGAGGGAUAUUAAAACCAUUUUUUUUAUAUGCAAAAAAGAAGGAAUGUUUUCAGUU